AUGCUACUGACACUAUCGCUGGGGGAGGCGAUUGGCGCGCGCCAGGCCGGGGGCGGGCGGAGGCCGGGGCUGAGCGAGCGAAGAGCCAGCGCCACCCCCACCGAGCUCGCCGCAGCCCGCCCCGGCCUCCUCCCGGCCGCGCCCCUCCCCCGCCGCCGCCGCCGCCGCGGCGAACGCCUCUCUUUGUUGUCUAAUGCGGGACUGGCUGGCUUGGGACAUUUCUCUGUACCUAUCAGACGAGGACAACCACUGUCCCUAAGUCUUUUCCCUCUCCGGGUUGAGAAGAAAAGGCGCCCAGCUGUGAUGCCAGCGGCCAGGCUCCAAAGAGCGGUCCUUCGAAAAGUCCCGUUACUGCCCCCCAAUAAAGCAUCCCUGGAGCCGAUGCUACCACUAGGUGGACGGUAUGCUAUCGGUACAAGAGGGCGGCCCGACACUGGGACGCGGAAAGCAGAGCUCGAGGUCCUGGGCCCCACGGUACAGUGACUGCUGGGCGCGAGCUGCCCACCUGCGCGGGAACG